AUGGCUAGUGAUCAAGGGAAGAAGCCGGCCGUGCUGAUUGUUGGAGGACUAGGGUUCAUUGGUCGCCAUCUUGCUCUUUAUAUCCAUGAAAACAAUCUCGCAUCCGAAGUCCGGUUAGUGGACAAGGUACUUCCCCAGCUCGCCUGGUUGGCACCGGAGUUCGAAGAGGCGUGCUCGAAAGAGAAGUUCGUUCAGGCAGACGCCAGUCGAGAACAGCACUUCUCACGCAUAUUCGACCGUGCUAACGGGGAGCAAUUCGACUAUGUGAUCAACUGCGGCGGUGAGACUCGACACUCUCAACCCGACGAUGUCUACGAAUUGCGAAGUUACAAUCUCACGGUGGCUCUGGGUCGCGAAGUCGCCCGUCGGGGCAUCGGCUCGUACGUCGAAUGCUCAACUGCUCACGUAUACAAAUCUGGAUCUUCCCCACGGAAAGAAAACGACAAACUGGAGCCGUGGCAUCGGCUCGCCAAAUGGAAGAUGAAGGCUGCCGAUGAGUUAAGCAAGAUCCCCGGCCUCAAAUAUUGUCUCCUGCGGCUCCCCCACGUCUACGGUGAAUACGACUCGGGUUAUUUUGCCAUGGGUAUCUGCCUUGCGCGAGUCCACCUGGAUAUGGAAACGGACCUGGAGCUUCUCUACACCAAGAAUCUCAAGAUCAAUACGGUCUAUGUAAGGGACGCUGCAAGCGCUCUUUGGAAGGCAGCUGAAUGGAGAGCGAAAACCGCCGGUGACGCCUCCGUCCCGACUGCAUUCAACGUCGUCGACCACGGCAACACUCGCCAGGAGCAUGUCGCAGAAGCCCUGUCCACAGUCUUCGGGCUCAAAUGCUCGUUCCUCGGCUCGCUGGUCUCCCAGUUGGCCAAAUUGAACCUGGACGAUGUCGUCGACGAUAUGAACGAGGUCAGUCUGCAGGGUUGGGCCGAGCUGUUGGAGAAGAAAAACAUCGCCCGCCCCGGUCCUAUCAGCCCGUUCCUCGAGAAGGACGUCAUCAAAGACCAAGAUAUGUCGCUCAAUGGCUCAUUGUUCGAAACAACAACCGGCUGGAAACCCACACGGGAGCGCUUCGACGCGGACGGGGUUCGGGCAAUGGUCGAAAGCUAUAAACGGAUGGGCUGGUGGCCUUAA